CAAACUUACUAGCUGUGUGCCUGUCUUGGUCUUCUGAGUUGCGAAGAAGAACCCCAAGUCAAGAAGUGCUGUCUCCUUGUGACAUUCGACCGCGCUCGUCGCGCGGGGAAAGUGAUACUGAAAGUGAACCUUUCGACGAACGAGUGAUUUCGAAUUUCGCGAUUGAAAAUUGUGUUGCAUCAGUGCGAGUGUGUGGUUUUGAAAAUUUUAACGCUUCCAUAAGGAUUACCGCAAGGAACGGCAGCAACCAUGGGCGAUCACGCUGUACCAACGAAGGGAAACGUGCUGGGAUCCCUGGUCCCAGCCCGUUACAUUCUGGCCGGGCUUGGUUCUAUCGCGAUGGCUAUCAUUUAUGGACUGAAAGUGAACCUGAGCGUGGCCAUGGUGGCCAUGUUGAACCACUCGGCAUUGGCUCACAACGCUCCGAUUCACAAGAUGUCCGAAAUGCACAGCACCGAUGAGGUCUGCACCCAGUCAGGCAACACGACCGAGGCCAUAGAGGACGGCCCAUUCUCCUGGAGUGAACCACUUCAGGGCACCAUCCUCAGUUGCUACUUCUGGGGUUACUUCGUGUCGCAGAUUCCCGGCGCCCGGAUUGCCGAAAGCUUCUCCGCCAAAUGGGUUAUGUUCUUCUCGGUGUUCAUCAACGUGAUUUGCACCCUGCUGACUCCUAUCGCUGCCAAACUGCACUACGGAGCCAUGAUUGCCAUGCGUAUCGGUGAAGGUAUCGGAGGAGGUGUGACUUUCCCGGCCAUGCACGUCAUGUUGGCCUCGUGGGCUCCACCGAACGAACGAUCGGUAAUGUCGGCCAUUGUGUACGCUGGAACUGCGCUGGGUACGGUUAUUUCCAUGUUGAUGGCUGGUGUGCUCGCAGGAAGCUUAGGUUGGGAGUCUGUGUUCUACGUGAUGGGUGGUCUGAGCUGCUUGUGGUUGGUUCUGUGGGUCUUCCUGGUGCAGGAUACCCCCAACAAGCAGGCAUUGAUUAGUGCUGAAGAGCGAUCAUUCAUCACCUCAUCGCUGGGAACCGAAGGAGGAUCUGCCCAUAGCGGACCCAAACCGGCUGUUCCAUGGAAGAGGGUCUUCACCUCGGCUCCAUUCUACGGCAUUCUGAUCGCCCACGUAUGCAACAACUGGGGUUGGUACAUGUUACUGAUCGAAUUGCCGUUCUACAUGAAGCAAGUUCUACAGUUCAACAUCAAGGAAAAUGCCGUCGUCACUGCUAUUCCAUUCUUGACCAUGUGGUUCUUCAGUAUGGCUCUAAGCAAGACCUUGGAUGCUCUGCGAGCUCGUAAGAAGAUCAACACUACCAUUGCUAGAAAGAUUGCUACCUUGAUCGCAUCGGUUAUUCCCAUGUGCUGCCUGUUGGCUCUGUGCUACAUUGGAUGCAACCGUGCCGCGGCUGUUGCUUUGAUGACUCUCGGUAUCACCUCGAUCGGUGGUAUGUUCUGCGGUUUCCUGUCCAACCAUAUUGAUAUUGCACCCAACUAUGCCGGUACUCUGAUGGCCAUCACUAACACUGCUGCUACCCUGCCUGGUAUUACUGUACCCAUCUUUGUCGGUCAGAUCACCCACGGAAACCAAACGAUUGGAGCCUGGCGUGUCAUCUUCUUCGUGACUAUCGCACUUUAUAUCCUCGAAAUCUUCGGCUACACUUUCUUGGGAUCUGGUGAGGAGCAACCGUGGAACAAAGGCGACAAGCCCAACAACGGUGCGAUCGAUAAUGGCGAUGCCGAAGCAACUCCACUGAAUGCGAAGGAACCGAAACCAACCUACACGAACCAGGAGGAGUGAACGAGGGCUCUCCUGCAAGAACAGUGAAACCAGUGAAGCUCACGGGAAGAUAGUGCACAUUCACCCAUGUGACAAACAAUUGAAAACGGGGGUUUCAACGUCUCCUGUCAGUCAAAAAGCGACAAAACGAUAUCAAAGCUCUUGUUUCUUACUUGAGAUUUUAUUUUUUUUUUUAUAUUUUUGCUAUUACUGCGACAAAUCUUCAAAUUAGGAUUACUUACUUUCGCAACUAUAGGUACUUUUACGUAGAGAUACUUAAUAUAAAAGAAGAGACAGUCAAUUUUACUUUAAUUGGAUAAACAAAGAUAGAAAUCCAGGUUUAUAAAAAUACGGAAUUGUUUUGUUUUGAGAUUUUAAACACAACAAAUAGAGGAAAUCCAUACCGCCGAUCGAUUCAAAAGAUGCCAUAUGCGAAGAACAAAAGUUUAACUUAACUACACACAUAUAACACUGACCACUACCUACCUAUACAAUUCUGACGGACUUAUACUUAGGCUCAAAAGCCAAACCUCUCUGGUACUUUAGGAACCAAGCAAUUAAAAGUUACUUAAAGAGACUUUCUGCGAAGGAAAUUGCAAGCAUUUAGCUAAAUCAAUGAAGCAAACCAUGAAA